AUGCGAUUUUUGCCGAUGAUUGAACGCUCCAAUGCAAGGAUUGCUCGAACUCGUUCCCUCUGUGUCUCGACAGUCCCGUUGGCGUCCCGUCAGGCAGACUCCUCCGCCAUCUUCCGUGCUCUUCCUCUUCGCUCCUUGUUCGGAGAGAAGAGGAUAUGUUCGUUUCUUUGUAGAUCCUGGAGCCACCAGGCUUCCACGAUCCCCGACGUGCAUCACCAAAAGUUUCCCUUGGAUCUUUUUGUCUUCGAAUGGACGCACUUUGUUAUGACCAUCGACGAGGACCUGCCCCUAGCGAGAAGGGCUUGCGGAACAAACACGACCUGUGCCCCGUUGUGUCCCUGUGUUCUGGAAGCAUCCGCGAUUCGCCCAGUGGAGCGAUCAUUACGGUUCAAGAUAGAAAACAUGUGUUCGAUGGAGUUGAACCACCGCGGGUACCGAGCAAUGAAAAGCGGCUCUACAUUCCGACAGAAUCGGCAAAAGCUCGAACGCAACGGGACCGGUCAAAUGCCAUGUUGCUUCAUGGAAGCAUGGCGCGAGACGUCAGGAAAAAAGCCUUCAAUGAUUUGA